UCUAAGCCCAGUUCAAAUUUCUGUAAAUUAAGGAAUUCAUAAGUGUUUCAUUUACAUGUCUGUUAACAAGAUCUGGACAUGCAAUGUAUUGAAAAAAUUAGUCCAGUACGAGUACCGAUCUGGUCUGGAUCAUUUUGCAGUUUGAGUGAGUCAGAGUGGGACACUCGGAAACCACAAAGAUUCAACCCCUCUCGCAAUGAAUUAACUUUAAAUUUAGCAGGUGGAUAUUUGGAGGUCUGAGAGUCAUUCAUUAAGGGCUCUGGCCAUGGCGAACUCAGCUGUGUGGUUUGCAGACUUUCCUGCUGCAUGCCUGUCUCUUGUGGCUGCGACCGAGCGACUGUGUCAUGACCAUCUGCUGGAAAAACUGGAAGAGAUCAGAGAAGGCUUUCAGUUUGUGGAAGAAAUCGUAGAAGAAGCUUCGAAGUCAUAUGCCAAUGACAGCCCCAAAUUAAAACAGUUGCCCAAGACUCCAUCUUUGAAACAAAAAGCACAGAAGCGAACAAGGAAGAAUGAGCCCGUGAUCGAGGAAGACUUUGAAGAUGGAAAUGUUUCCCGCACCGUCAAGAGUAAACCGACCCAACUUAAAUUUGAUCUUACCUGCGAGGAAGUUCAGGAGGCAGAGGAAGAGAAGCCAAGAAAUACAGGACGCCCGACGCGCAAGUGCAGUAAGGUCGUCCAUCAACAGGAAAGCCCCAAAACAACGCGGGCGACAAGGCAGAGCCGUAGGGCUGCUAACAAGAAACAAGAAACCUCCAGUGCUAAUCUCGAUGCAGUGGUUAAGUCCGAAAGUGAGAACACUAUAAUUUCGUCAACUGACGCUGCUACGGUGUCGAACGAUGAAAACGUGCCUCCUCCUGCGGCGAGGGUGAAAUUAACGUCGAACCUGGCCAAGUCUGACGUCUGCGGUGAGGAUACUGCAGGGGAAGACUGGAGCCCCAGCGUGAAGGAUCGGGCCAACGCCUAUGAAACCAUGCUGAAGCAGCGUACCAGCAACAGCCCCGUGAAGCUCGUGAAAGCGGGCACGCCCGGCAGCUGUGGCAAGCCAGUGAGCUCCUCGAAGGUGUCUCGGAAAGAGGAUGCUGGGAUGUCUCAGUCGCCCAUCACCGGCUCUGGCUCUGGUGGCAAACGGAAAUCGUCCAAGUCGUCUGGAUCCAGGCUUUCCCGCAGGUCUCAGCACAGAAAGUCCAGCAGCUCCGGCAAACAGAUGUCAAAGGAUGAGAAGAAGUCAGGGGUUAAGAAGCCUGUCAGAACAAGAUUACGUUUGAAGAAACAACAAAAAGAGGAUGAACCAAUGGACACUUCAGACAAAUCAGAGAAUGUAAAGGAAAAGCGCUCGGCUGGGACUCCUGUUCAAACGGAGGGUUCUGGCGACGUUCCCGCGGAUGUCGUAGAGUCAAGUGAAGCAGACUCUUGUUCAGCGGAGGAAGUGGAGGAGGAGGUGAAAUUUGAGCCUCCUACCCCGGCGCGCGACGUCAUGAACGAGACGGAGAUAAUUGUCACCGAGGUGUUUGACAUUGAGGACAAGGCGGUCCGACUGAAAGAAUAUGAGAAAGUCCAGACGAAGACGACUCCGGUGAAAGCAGUGAUAGCCAUCACCACCACCGCUGCUGCUCUGACCACUGCUUCGUCCACUCCGGCUUCGGCGGCAGGAUCCGGUACGUGCUUGUCCAGCGAUCAGGGCUUCAACGACGGAGACGAUGAGGAAGAAGAAGAGGAGGAGGAAGAGGAGAAUAAUGAUAACAACAGUGGUUCUGGAAAUCACAGCACGAGCCAUAACAACGCCCAACAAGCCCCCGCAGUGGGCAGGUCCACACGCACGCGCACGAGGGUGCAGCAGAAAGAAAUGGAGUCUCUGAUGUCUGUCAGCACAAUGGAGGAGCCGCCAAAGGCUCAGCCAGCGGCCAGCAAGGUCAACUCGACCUUCACGAAAGACAGCAGCCCAGAACCUCAACAAGAGGAGCCCCCCGUGAGGUCGACAAGGACGCGAGCCAGGGCUGUGAAACAGCAGGCGUUGGGUGAUGAUGCCAAAGUGGACGACGGCGAAAAAGAAACGAGAAAUCGUGAUGAAAAGGGAGAAGAUGUUCCCGCGAAAGCGGCGGCGUCUACUGAAGAUUCGUCUCCUGUUCAGCGGUCGACAAGAACGCGAACCCGCGCCCAGAAGGAGAAGGAAGAGGCGGCGCCAGCUGAGAACCAAUCGGAUGAGCCCAGCACUAGGACCAGGACCAGACAGAAGAAAGCUGAAGUCAAUGCCCUCCUGGUGGAGUCGUUGAUGGUUCCAAAGCCUAGUGCGGCACAACCCGCUGUGUCAACUCACAACAGAUUGGGAGCCGGGCUAAGUGACGACGAGGUUGUGGCUGGCUCCCCGGCCAACGUGUCCAAAGCUCAAAACGCUUGCGGUGGAAAGAAACGGCUGCUCCAGGAGAGGGGAUUGUCUCCCAGGCCCAAGCGAUCGAGAUCGUACGUCGGUGACCCCAACCAUAUGCAUUCAAGAUCUCCCCUAUCAACAUCAUCACCAAUCAAAACUAGAGGAGGCGAGAGCCAUGAUGACGAAGAACGUGACGAUGUGACGUCUCCUUUCUCCCCGAGGAGGAGCCCAAGAGCUUUCCAGUUCCACAGCGCACAGUUGAAGACUUCAGGUUUCCUGAAUCGCACGCCUAGCUUUGCACAGAACAGUCGAGUGUACAGUUUUCUGAGCGCCACACCCAGCUACCGUUCCAACAAUGUCCUGACCUCGUUCUUGAAGAGGAAUACACCGCCCACAAAGCAGAACAACCAGGUGAUCCAAGAACAGAAAAAGAUGAAAUUGUUGGAGAAGGAAUCAAAGGACAGAGAAAGACUGAAGAAAGCCGCUGAACUGAGAAAACGGAAAAUUGAAGAACAGAGGAGACAAAGAGAGGAAAAGGAGAAGAAAGUAGCUGAAGCGAGAGAGCAAAAACUUCGCAAAGAGCAAGAACAAAAGGAGAGAAUCAACAAGAAGUUAGAAGAGAAGGCUGUGCUCAAGGCGAAAAUGACAGAAGAAAGAAUAAAGGAGGAGAGGGAGAGACAGAAGAUGAGACUGAAGAAGCAGAUGGAGGCAGACGCCAGAAGAAAGCAGGAGGAAGAAGAAAGAGUAAAGAAACUGAUAGAGCUGGAAGAGGAAGCGAAAGAGCAGGAGAAAUACAUGCAGCGAAAGAAGGAACAUGAAGAGCUGGAGAGGAAGAGGUGGAUUGAGGAGGAAAAGAAGAGACAGGACGAGAGGAAGGCUGAGCUGGAGCAGAGACGUCUGGAGGAUUUGGCAAGGUUGAAGAAACAGGAGGAGGAACGCGAACGAGAGAGAGAGAGGAUCAGACUAGAAAAGGAUCGUCAAAUGGCCAAUGAGAGAGCUGAGAGAGAACGAGUGGAAAAGGAAAAGAGAGAGGAAAAAGAACGGAAGAUAAGGGAGGAAAUGGAAAAGUUGAAAGCAAUGGAGAAAGAACGGCAACAGAAGAACAAGAUGGCCUCUCAGAAGGCCCACCAGAACCAGAAGGAGAUGGCCGAGCUGCAGCAAAUGAUUGACAAACACAACGCCACUCUAAACAAAGCGCCUGCCCCUGCUCUGAACACAACCCAGACUCUGGCUUCAAACACUUCUGUUGACAAAAGCAACAGCUACGACAUGACGCCAGUGAAGAAGAAGGUGUACAAACCCAGCCCCAACCCUGACAACUACGAUAUCGACGACAAGGGCUCAGACGAUUCCACCGACGACGACGACGCGCCCAAGAAGAAAAUCCCUGAGUGGGCAUUAGGAAAUGAGCUGCGAAUCGCCAUCAUCCAACAGUUCUCCAACCCCCCUGACGUGGAGGCCAUUUUCCGCACACAGCACAUCGACGCCCCCAACCUGGAGCUGCUGUUCCCCAUGGUGAAGAAGUACCGGUUCAAGAAGAGGACCAGCUCCGCUGUCUGGACCUCGCCUGUUCUCAAACAUUGAGUGUGUGGUGUGUGU